AGUUUGUCACCGGCACCGAUGCCUCGGACUGCAGCCACCGUGCACGCGCCAGUCUCCAGCACGCCAAACAUCAUCACGGUCUCUCCUGUCGCUGUUCCCUCAUUACAGCCAACCACAAUGCAAAUGCAGUCCUCGCUGCCGCCAUUGACGCGCACGUCCUUCUCGGCAGCUAUUCCCACACACCUUGCCACAGAAUACACCGCCCGGCAAAGGCAAAACGUGAUCCCGUACAUUCCGUUCCGGGUUCCUCGCAGCUGCCGGCCGGGCGAAUUCCUUUGUGAGGCGCAUGGCUUGCGGCCGGGGUUCUUUGCGUGUGAUGCCGGCGGACUGGCGUUGCCGGCGGCAUGCUCAAUCAACGAGGUGUGCUAUCAGUACGGCCGGUCAAUCUUGUGCGAUGCCCCGGGCGGUACCAUUCGCAAUCCCUAAAUUUAUUCAGCACCUUCUUUUCAAUAUCUUAUUUAUGUAAUGGCUUAUAUAGUUGUCAGUUUUCUCACUCGACGGUCUGCUUCCGCCUGAUGGUAGCGUCCAGCACUGUACCGUAGAAAUCGUCGUUCUGGUCGAGAUCCAGCUUGAGCUCCACCGGCUCCGGCUCCGGCUCCACAGUAUCCUGGAUCUGCUGUUGCGGCCGCGGCCAUAGGAGCUCACACAACCGUCGCCUCUUGCUGGCCAUCCCACGAGACCCUCUCGGAGGCAACCGAUGCGAUGUGGCUCCUGUCGACUUUCUCUGGUAACAGCUGGCUGCUGUGGUGCGAGAUUUUUUUGUUCAUUAGGGAUAGUGAGAACCUCAUUAACGGGGGGAUCAAUAGGCAAGGGAAAAGGGGGAGACUAAUUCGAG